AUGUCUCCUAAACAAUUUACUCUCAUCAUCAACUUAUUUAUAAUUCUGUUGAUUUUAUCAACAUCAAUUGAUUCCAACACUUUAAUUGAACGUGAUAAUAUUGAUUUUACCCCUUGUACUGGAGAAUUUUGUUGUGCUUCAUUAGCAAAGAAAAUUGCUGAGAAAAACUUUGCACAUGUAGCAACAAUUGCUAUCGUCAAUAAGAGUGGUUAUAAUAUAACUCACUUGCCUGUUACACUUGAAGAUGGACGUUUUGUUAAGCAUGACGAUCAUGAAAAUAUCGACAUAAACUGUGAGCCACAAACUGAACCUCUCGUAAACGAUCAAACCGAAACAUUUUCCAGCAUUACAAGUCGUGUUUUUGGCGGAGUGAAAGGAAUUGCCAUUUUCACCAUAAAUGACGGUGGUUCAAGCACUUUCGCUUUAUUCUGGAACGUUCCAACAAUUGGCCCUCCUAUUUACGAGAUCGAAGGAUUGCCUAAUGAAAGAUAUUACAAUGAAACCAAAUAUGGUCUUGAUAAUACAUUAUAUCAAGUUACAAUUCAUCAAUACGAACAUGUUAAAAACGCUGUUGUGAAUGUGUGGUUUAUCAUUCCCCCAUAUUUUUUCCCACCAUUCAUUAUCUUGUUCGUCUCUCGCAUUAUAACCGUGUAA